AUGUCUGAUACAAAGCCAGUGAUGGAAAUGAUACCGAUGUCGAAAAUUAUAGAACAUAAGCUCAUUGUUAUGAAUCGUCAAAAGAAGGUAUUACGCCUCAUAAGUGGUAGGAGUGGUUAUAAACAUAUGUUAUUAGAGUCUCGAGACAUUGACAAGAACAAUAUCUUGCACUUAGCCGGAAAACCCAAAAGAAAAUCAAAUCAGCUUUCUAGUGCAGCUCUGGAGAUGCAGUCUGAGUUAAAGUGGUUUAAGAAAGUAGAGAAAAGGGUGCCGCCUGACUAUCGAUUGGAAAACAAUUCGGAAGGAAAAACUCCAAGAAUGGUAUUCAUUGAGGAACGUAAAGAACUCAAAAUCGAAGUUGAGAAAUGGAUAAAAGAUGCAGCAAAUUCAUGCUCAUUUGCAGCAGCAAUCAUUGCCACAAUAGUAUUUGCAGCAGCAAUCACUAUACCUGGUGAUUACGACAAUGAUGGCCACCCAAAUUUGUACGAACAGACAGCCUUCACAAUCUUUAGUAUUUCAAAUUCGUUCUCUUUUUUCACAUCAAUUGGUUCCAUCAUGAUAUUCGUAUCCAUCAUCACUUCACGCUAUGGAGAAGAAGAUUUUCUUUUUGUCCUGCCCAGACAGUUAAUGCUGUGUUAUGUUAUGUUGCUCUACUCUAUGGCAUCUCUGAUGGUAGCGUUUAGUGCCACUCUUUAUCUGGUGUUUCGCGCAAGAAACUCAAACUGGAUACUUUCUUUAGUGGUUGGAUUACCUAUAGUGCCUCUCUCGUUUAUGAAUUCGCAUUAUACCCUCGUAUUCGAGUUGACUAUUCCAGCAUUUUUCCUGAAGCUAAAAGGAUGGUAUAAGAUUGUUGCGGAAUUGAGAACAAGAUCAAGGGUUAGUAGCAACUAA